AUUGCGAAACGUGCAUGCUUCCUCGGGGCGGAACCUCAUCUGUGUUGAAGUUAGUUUAGCACCACAUGACAGCAAUUUGGAAGGCAAACCCAGCAUAUAAAAGGAAUUCUUGUCACCGUUCUCAGUGUGAGGGAUCAAGACCUCAAAGAUGGCAUUUGCUCUUCGCUUAACGUUUCUCCUUUGUGGGAUCAGUGGACUGUUGACUGGAGUCUGGUCAUUCCCAAAGUUUAGGAGCACAGGUAAUGACUGCCCCAAAGGCUGGACUCAGUUGGACUGUAACUGUUACAUCUACCAAUAUGAUGAGAGGACCUUUGGAGAUGCAGAGAGUGUCUGCAACAUCCUUGGUGGCAAUCUUGUUUCUAUCCACAACGCCCUGGAGAAUGCCUUUGUUCUGGAACUGAUUCGAGCGGGCGGUAACAAUGACUUUGCUUGGAUUGGUCUCACUGAUGCAAUUGAGGAAGAUGACUUCAUGUGGACUGACGGCUCAGAGCAGGAUUUCCUUAACUUUGAUGAUUAUGCAGAGUCCAGUGCCGCUAGUAACUGUGUUGCAAUCAAUGAGAAUGAUGGACUUUGGUAUGAUGAAGAUUGCACAGAUGACGAGCCGUAUGUUUGCAUUAGAGAGUUGUUCUCAUUGAUACAUCAUUAAGUUAUGAGGUUUGCUGAUGACUCAUUGAGAUCAUUGAGAUAAUAUAGUAUCAAAACUUGGUGACUCUUUUUCUGGGUUUACCGUCCACCCCACCCUUCUCGUUUCUCAACAACGCUCAAUUUCUAUUGACAGCAGAUUUGGAAUGUCAAAGAGCAUCUCGGGUAAAUAAAGGAAUGUGUCUGCAUAAA